CUGAGGAGGUAUCUCAGGUGCCGGUCACUUCAAUUUCCUUGUGCUAAGUGCUUUUCGGUUUUUGAGAUGCUUAUAUUUUUCGGUUUCUGAGAUGUUCCAUUUCAUAAGAAGGGCAGCCGAGCACCGUAAAAACGAAUGAGAAAGCAAACUCUACAGGUUCAAGCAUGUAUGCAGCUACUAACAAGCUUUGAUGCGACAGCCAACGCUACACGAGAUGAUCUCCCCGAAGAAGCCAUGCGAAAUGAUCAGAGUUUGCAUGCAUUUCACGGACUGACAAUUUUUAGGUCCAGCCGUCCAGGAGGUGGUGCCACAUUGGAGUCAGUUCCAGACCUUGUGAAGGCAAUGUACCUAAACAUUGAAAGCUCCCCUUGUGUGAGGCUGCUGAAUCUUUCUGGUGAAAUUGGCUGUUCUAAUCCUGGAAGUGAAAAGGUCAUUGCACCGAUUGUAAGAUUCAGAAAAAGCAGUGAUCAAUUGAUUCAACCAUCCACUAUUCUCCUUCCCUUAGAUCAGAUGUCAGAUUUCUUUCUGAGGUACAUGGUAUCCAAUGAUCCAGAACUUUACCAGAAGGUGGCUGGUGUAUUGAUUGAGUCAAAUGGUGUCAACGGUGACUUACAAGAGCUGUCACCUGAUAGAAAAUUUCCACAAGAUGAUUUUGCACCCUACUCAAAUCACAGCCAUGAUUGGAAUCUUGCUGGAUCAGGUAUCAUGUGGAACAGAUAUAACUUCCCUGUAUUUCUACUUUCGGAAGAGAGUACAAAGACUCUUCAAAAGAUUUCAGAAAAAAAUGAGAAGACUAGCAAUGGAUAUAGAGCAAAUGUUGCAGAAUUCGACCUUGUUAUGCAGACAACCAAAGCUCAAACACAUGAUUCAGCAUCCUGCCUCAAAGAACAAUCAUGCUUGCCCCUAGGAGGACACAGUGUAUGGGCUUCAUUACCGCCACUUAAAAAUGGAUCUACGGAGCAUCAGAAACCUUUAAUAUUGGCUAUUGCAUCCCAAGACUCUGCAUCGUUUUUUCGGGACCGCAGUCUUGGUUCAGAUUCUCCCAUAUCUGGAUUAAUUGCCUUGCUCACUGCUGUUGAUGCUCUUUCUCACAUUCAUGAUCUAAGCAACCUUAAGAAACAGCUUGUGUUCGCUGUUUUUAAUGGUGAGGCCUGGGGUUAUCUUGGUAGUCGGAAAUUCUUACAGGAAUUAGAUGAAGGUGCUGCUUCUGUGAAUGGAAUUAGUAGCUUAAUGAUUGACCAGGUACUGGAGAUUGGUUCUGUUGGCAAGGCUAUACUUGAGGAAUAUCCAUCGUUUUAUGUGCAUGCUGAAGGGAAUUCAUCAACUUCAAAGACAAUAUUAGAUGCACUGCAAAGCGCCAGCAAGUCACUUGGUUCUGACAAUGUUAAAGUAAAACAAGCAGCUUCAUCAAAUCCUGGUGUUCCACCAUCUUCAUUAAUGUCAUUCAUAAGGAAGAAUACAUCAACUUCUGGAGUUGUGUUGGAGGAUUUUGAUUCCCAUUUUUCCAACAGAUUUUAUCAUAGCUAUCUGGAUAACCCUGUAAACAUCAAUUCUUCGUCAAUAGCUGCAGCUGCUGCUUUGGUUGCCAGAUCACUGUAUAUUCUUGCUAAUGAUGGCUCAGUUGUCGAUCUCAUAACACUAAACACUAUAAAAGUGAAUGUUUCAUUGGUCGAAGAACUUAUUGGAUGUCUGCUUACUUGCAAUCCUGGUCUUUCUUGUGGCCUUGCGAAAAGAUUCAUUUCUCCAAGCAAUUCCUGCCCAAGUCAUUAUGUUGGUGUUUUUCUGGAUGACCCUUCUGGCACACAGUUUCCUUCAUACGCAGAUGACACGUCUCGAUUUGUAUGGAACUUCUUGGCAGACAGAACUUCUAAUUUAGCGGGCAAUAAAAGCUCAUGUACUGGAAAGUGUGCUGAUGAAGGUGAAGUAUGUGUAGGGGCAGAGGUGGAGGGUGGAGGUAGAUGUGUUGUAUCUACAACCAGGUAUGUUCCUGCUUAUUCAACUCGGGUGAAAUUUGAGAACAAUGCAUGGCACAUUCUUCCAGCGAAUUCGUCAGAUCCAAUGGGUGCUGCAGAUCCUGUGUGGACUGAAAGCUACUGGAACACUAUUGGCCUCAGGGUCUAUGCCGUGCAAGAUUCAGCUUACGAUUGGCUUAUUCUUCUUGCCGGGCUCAUUAUCACUGCUGCAUCUUACUGCGCUGUACAGUUUGGCACAACAUACAUUUCAAAGGUGGUGAAGCAUGACUGAAACGUCAGUGGGCUGCUACACUGAUUCUGGGUAUUUAGAGCUGGAAAUAGAACUAAUUGAGCUGGCAAUUUGUAGAACAUUAGCAGCACAUGAGACAGGGUGAUUGAACUACGAGAAAGCCACAAUGAAUUAUGAAGCCUUCCGGCUAAGCUAAGGAGGAGCCAAUGGAUGCAGUCCGUCAUCAUUAUGCGGACGUCCAGGUUAGAAUUAGAAGCCCCUGUCUUGGGCCGAUGCAAUAUGAAAGUGUAGUGACCCUGGCACGUUUGGUACUGAACUGGUAGGUAGAUUAUGAGACGCCUCUACCUCUAGGUGGAUGUUUCCAGGAACGUGUGUUUUCCUUUGUUUGUGGAUGCUGCGUACUCAGUUUUGGUUGCGUAUAAGCCUGUUCCUCUCUCCAAUGGAUUUGCUGUUGCGCACACCAAUUAUUAUACUGGUACACGCAUGCUGAUUGGAUCUUGUAUCGUGUUUGGUUUCA